AAUUAUUAUUUAUUUUUGUUGGUCUUUUUUUAGUCUUUUGCGCAAAAAAAAAAGGAAAAAACAGCAAAGAGAUACAAAAUAAAAUCGUAUACGUACCGUUGUCUUGUCUACAUAGUUUAUUUAUAUUCCCAAAAUGAAAAAAACAAACUAAAACAGAAUUGCAUGUGUGAGACAUUAAAUUUUCCUUUUUAUUUUUGUAUUUAAUAUUCGUGUAUAAAGUUCUGUGCAUACAAGUUUGAAAAACCAAAAAAAAAAGAAAAAAGGCAAUUGUAGUGCAAUUUCGAAAAAUAAAAGUAGAAGGAACUUUGCAGAUAUUUUUAUUUAUAUUUACAUACGUACGUACGUACAUACAUACAUAGAUAGACACACACAAACAUACACAAAUAGUGCAAUUUCUCAGAUGCAAACAUAUUGUGUGUUUGCUACAAGUAUCGUCGAGAAACAAAUUGUUGUGCCGCAUUUUAAUGUAGAGGAGUUUUUAGACUUUUUCGAUAAUUAAACAUUCAGUCGAACAGACGACAGAUACAGAACAAGAGAUGAAUGCCGAAAAGUUAAGACGUUUACAGGCCCAGGUCCGUAUAGGGGGCAAAGGUACACCACGUCGCAAGAAGAAGGUAAUGCAUCAAUCUGCUGCCACAGAUGAUAAAAAAUUACAAAGUUCUUUGAAGAAAUUGUCCGUUAGCACGAUACCCGGCAUCGAGGAGGUUAAUAUUAUCAAAGAUGACCUAACAGUUAUACACUUUAAUAAUCCCAAAGCUCAAGCAUCUUUGUCGGCCAAUACAUUUGCCGUUACCGGUCAUGGAGAGACCAAGAAAAUAGUGGAAAUGUUGCCAGAAAUCUUGCCUCAAUUGGGUCAAGACACCGUCAUGCAAUUGCGUAUGUUUGCCAAUACCAUGUCUGGAAAUCAGAAACAGGGUAAUGCUGCUGCCGCCACUACUCUUGAUAAUGUUGCCGAAGAAGAUGAUGAUGUUCCCUUGUUGGUCAACGAUUUCGAAGAGGUCGCCAAAAUGGAGGAAACUAAAAGUCCUAAAGCUAAAGCUGAUGCUAAAAUAUCUGAAGAGUUGGCUAAAAAUAAUAAUGAAAAUGGCAUUUUAAAAGAAGAGAACAAUGCAAAAAAAAUUGAUAGUUCGAAAGAUGCUGCUGAAAAGUUGGAUAAGAAAUCGAAAAAACAACAGAAUAAACAGCAGCAACAGUCGGCCAAUGGGGCAGCUAAAAUUAAAUCAGAUGUGGGCAAAAGUGAAAAUAAGCAACAAAAGCAAGCGAAACAAGAAAAGACAAACAAACAGGAAAAAACUAAAUCAAUUGCUGAGAAAAACGACGAUAAACAAACUGCAGCUAAAAACGAAGUGAAACCGGCUGAACCGGUUAAAGACGAUGUAAUGAAAGAAACGGCAAUAAUAAAAGAAGAACUUCCCGUACAAAAGCAAGAAGUUAAAGUUCAAGAAAAAGCUGUUGAAAAACCGCAACAGACUCCAGAGUCGAAGGAAAUUAAAGCUCAACCGAAAGCAGAAGAUACAACAAAAAAUCAAAAGUCUAGUAAAGAGCCAGUAAAGAAGACUGAAGAGAAACCACAACAAAAGCCCACAGACAAAUCUUCGAAACAAAUUGAAAAGCCUACGGAAAAACCUAACGAAAAGAAGAAGGAAGAAAACGCCAAGGAUCGCAAGCCUCAAGAAGCUCCAAAGAAAGAUGAAGCUGCUAAGACCAAAGAUAUGAAAAAGGAACAAACUAAAGAACAAAAACCGCACCAGACUUCCAAAAAAGAGGAGAUGUCCAAAACCAAAGAAGUGAAAGAAUCUAAAGAAACAACAAAAGCACCGGAUAAACAAAAAGACUCUGAUCAAGCGAAACAACAAGCUAAAGCCAAAGAACAAAAAGUGGAAACCAAACCAACAGAGAAGAAUGGUGCACAAAUAGCUGAAGCCCAGUUAAAACCAGAGCAGAAACCCAUAGCCGAAGUCAAAGUGGAGAAACCGAUCAAUGAAGCUGUCAAGGCAGAAAAUAAAGAUCUUUCAACUACCAAUGAUUUAAACAAAGUUCCUGAGAACAAAACUGAUAAGAAAGAGGAAGCAAAACAAACAAAUAUUGUGGCUGAAGUACCUACCACACCUACUACACCAAUUCCAAUGGAAAAAUGCACUGAGUCAAUAGCACCAGUCAUAAUAGACAAACAAGAUAAUAAAUCACCUGAACCAGCUGCCCUGAAACAAGAAGAAUCCAAACAGUCUCAAGUAUCAAGUUCAACAGCUCCUAAAGAAGCUGAACAACCUAUUGCCACAGUUAAGCCCAACGAAGAACCUAAAGAGCCUGUAAUAAAACAGAAACAAGCUGAAGAAAAACCUAAAGAAGAAGAAACUACUGCCCAGUUGUCAGCACAACCUGUGACGCCUUUAGAGAAAUCUCAGGGAAAAAUGGAAAUUAAAACUUCUGGUACUGAUAAGACUAAAGAGCAAAUAGUUGCACCAACUAGCCAACCAAGUAAGCAACCAUCACCGAAACCAGCUGGUGGUAAAAAUACAUCAACGACUGCACCUUCUACAAUCAAUAAAAAAGAAGAGUCUAAAGGUAAACCCACAACACAGACCGGAGUCCAAGCAAAGCCUGCAAAACCUACUACUCCAAAACCAACUCUACAAACAAAGCCAGUAACACAAGCUAGGACUCCCGACAAAGCCGUUACUCCAACGAAACCAGGAACUCCAACCAAGGCCGCAAGUCCUCAACCUAAAACUCCAUCUAUACCAACUAAAAAAUCAUCUUCGCCAACGGCAACACCUCCAACCUCACCUAUUGAAGGAAAUGUCGCAAUAUCCAUGCUAGCAACUGAAGGUAAAACUUCCACCGAUGCUCAAAAGAAACCUGCCACGGCACCAAAACCUGCGCAAACUAAGAACAACCAGCAAAAACCAGCGAAUGCUAAUCAAACAGCAGACAAUAAAAAAUCUCCAGCAGCUAAACCAAAACAGCCAUCACCUGCGAAAACUGCUUCUGGUGCACCAGCUCAGCAAGAACAAAAGAAACAAGUAAGCUCACCUAAGGCUGAAACCAAUAAACAACCUUCGCCCCACAAUACGUUGAAUACUCCUCAGCAACAGCCUGCUAAACAACCAUCGCCAUCUAAGCAAUUAGCUCCAGCUAAACAAAUAUCUCCAGUCAAACAACCUUCGCCGGCAAAGCAAGCAGCUCCACCAACUACUCAAACUGCUCAAGAGCAGCAAUCGAAAGCAUCGACUCCUCAAUCAGCAACCCAACAAACGAAAGGCAGUACACCACAACCAGAUGCUCAAAAGCCAAUAGCAACUACACCACAACCAGAUGCCCAACAACUGAAAGCCACCACUCAGCAGACCACAGCUCAAACCCGGAAAGCCAAUACUCCACAACCAGUUGUUCAGCAGCAGCAAACUAAGGGCUCAACUCCACAACCAGAUGGUAAACAACAAAAAGCUACAACUCCACAGCCGACAUCUCAAGGCCAGAAACCAGUUAUUCAGCAGCAGAAACCUAAAGCCACAACACCACAACCGGAUAUUGAACAACAAAAAACUACAACUCCCCAGCCGACAACUGAACCCCAGAAAGCCAGUACUCCACAACCGCAGCAACCUCCCAAAACUACCACUCCACAACCAGCUGUUCAACAACAAAAAUCAACUACUCCACAACCAACAACUCAACCACAGAAAGACAGUACUCCACAACCAACCGUACAACAGCAGCAACCACAACCCAAAGCUACCACUCCACAACCAGAUGGUCAACAACCGAAAGCAACUACUCCACAACCGACAACUCAACCACAGAAAGCCACUACUCCACAACCAACUGUUCAACAGCAGCAACCCAAAGCUACCACUGCACAACAAGCUGGUCAACAACCUAAAGCAACUACUCCACAACCAACAGUUCAACAGCAGCAACUCGAUUCUCAACUCAAAGCAGCUUCUCCACAACCAGCUGGUCAAGAACCCAAAGCCACUACUUCUCAACCAAUAACUCAACCGCAGAAAGCCAAUAUUCCACAACAACCAGGUCAACAAUCGAUGGAACCAAAGUCAACUAAUCAACCACCUACUCCGACAGCAAUUCAACAGCCCAUUCCUCAACAGCCAAUUGCUCCACAACAGAAAGCCACUACUCCCCAGCCACCAGCACAAAAAGCGCCAACUGAUCAGCCACAACAACCAAAUAUUCAACAGUCAACUACACCUCAAAAUAAUCCUUAAUUAUCACAUUUUUUGCAUUUUAUUUUAAAAUACUUUAAAGUCACCUUGUCCUGUAAAGCAUUUCUCACUAACAACUUAUUUCAUUUAAAUCGUUAUUUUAAAGUUUUUCAUACUUUUUUAAAUAAAUCCUCAUCUAACUAACCCCUGACCUAGUUUUGACAGAAAAAAAAUUUUAAAAAACCCCUCAACCAUCCGACCAACAAAUUUUAUAAAAAUAUUCAUUUUCAGUUUUUAAUUUGGAUGUAUGAAAUUAUGGAAGUAAAAACUAAUUAUUCAAAAAUAAAUAAUGGUUAAUGGUUGAAACAA